CGCUAAUCCCCUUGGCUCUUUUCGUCGUGUAAGCAAGCUUUUGGCAUCGGUAUCAUCGGUUCCUUCCAAUAAUGAUGACGUUGUCAAACAAUGUGCCUCUCUUUCUGUUGACUAUAUCAGGAACGGCGUUGUGGUUGGGACGAGAGUCGCUCGCGUUCGUCGUGGUUUCGCCUCCCACACCAGUAUCCCAGCGGGUUUUAGUGACAAGAGGUAGCGGCAAUAGCGUGCCGUCAGCGAAGCGGUUACCGACCUUGCGCUUGCUGUCAACCUCACCACGCGACGGCGACGACGAAAUUUCCAAAUUGAUAGGGAAACGGUCCGAAAUCAAGCGCAAGAAAAAAGAGGACGACAGCAAGCCGAAAACGGACGAGCCCAUUGUGGAUCUCGAUCUCGACAGGUUACCAGAGUUUAGAACUGAGCGACCAGUUCGUCGAGCAAAACAAUCCAAAGAGGACGAACAAGAAAAAGACGAUGAUAAAAACAAAAAGAAGGACGAUUUACCAACUGUCGAUUUUAAAGCCGAUUAUGCGGACGAGAACGACUUACACAUACCGAAUCGUAUCGGUAUUACAACGGUCGCUUGGGGAGAUCCGAGCCGAAAUUUUGUUUCGUCGGGAAAAUUGAGUAAACGUAUGCUCAAGGCGGGAAAGUUUGUACCAGGUGAUCUCCAGCUGGCCUACGAAAAGCUUUUGCUGGGUGGCAUUGUCUUUAUGGAAACGGCUCCAACCUACGGCGCGGCGUCUCGCAACAGCAAGCUUUCGGCGGAAGAUAUCUUAAAGAGAUGCAUGCUGGAAGUCGGCGAUGGCUUGCCGGAAGCCAAAAUCAUGACGGGCUUGGGCGCUUCGGCUUGGACAAAACCACGUGGAAUGCCUCAGAGUUUGUCAGACUCGUGUGAUCGACUAGGUCAGUCUAUUCUAGAGGUAUUCCAGGUACCAAAAUCGCGGUUCUUUCCGACGCCACUGUUGGCCAACGCUCUGGCCCAGGCCAUCGAGGAAGGACAGUGUAGUUACAUCGGAGUGCAAGGCGUCACCAAUGCAGGAACCUUGCGAAAACUGGCGAACAAGCUCGAAGCGAAAGACGUCACGUUGACCACUAACGCGUUUGACUAUUCUUUGACCAAGCCGGAUUCGGAAUACAUGAUUGAUGUAUGCAAAGAACUUGGCGUGAUUCCCAUCAUAACAGAUCCAUUGGACGGUGGACUAUCGUCGGGUAUCUUCACGGCCACGAACCCUUCCGGCGGAAUCGCCGGCUCGACGGGCAAAUUUACCUUUAAAGAAUUGGAGAAACUCCAACCGUUGCAUUCGGUCCAAGAAACUGUGGCGGAGAGGGUCAGCACGCGCGUGCGUCGGGAUAUGCGAACGAUUCAGGACCAAUUCCGUGGCAAGUAUGGCCCACCACCGAAAAUCAACACGGAAAUAACCACUACGCAAGUGGCGUUGAACUACAUCGUCGCCAAGGGAGGUGUACCGCUGCCGGAAGUCAACAGCCCAGCACAAGCGGAAGAAGUACUCGGCUGCUUGGGAUGGACCUUGGCGGAUGAAGAAGUCGACAUGCUGGAUUCUGCCGUGGCUCUGUGUAAGCUGAAAUAAAAAUUAAAAAACUGCUACGCUUGCGCACUUGUACUAGUUCCGCCGAGGCAUGUAUGUGCGUAUGCAUGUACGUAUAGAUAGAUAUUUGGAAUAGAAGCGUUCGUGGCGAUGAAUGUUACAGAAUGGUUCGCGGAUUUCGCUUUUUACCGGGCGUGAAAAUGGGCCGGAUGUUUGUGCACGCACUGUAUCAGCCCGUCCGCUUCGUUGACACAGACCGUCAUGGCUCGAUCUAGUCGAAUGCCUUUUUGUUGUUGGCACUGUUCCAGCAAGGCGUAAACGUCGGCGCAGGGUCCGUCGCGCAAUUGGUCGGGGGGUGCGGCGGCUGGUGUUGACGUCAUCGCUCGUGAGGAUUCGGUUCCGGCUACUGCCGGUGCCGCCCCAUCUGGUGGUUUGGAUGAGGUGCCUCCCAUUGCAAUGGAACGAACGAAGGAACGA